UAAAAAAUGAGCAAAAAUACUAAAUUUUCAGUAACAAGUUCUUGAACCUUAAACACCUCCGAUGUUCAUUAGUCUUUACUUUUAUCUCUUUUAUAUAUUGAGUUUGCUCGAAUGGCUAUUAAGGUCAACAAGUGUUCCAGUUUAGAACGCAAAUCCGUUGAAAUUGAAUGGGUUUGACACGAGGCAUGAAGCGUCCCAUAGAAAUUCUGUUCAAAAGAUUGCGUAGUCCAGUAAAUUGUGGCAAUGCUUAUCCUACUUCAAGCUAUUCCAAUCAAAUCAAUGGGUUUGGGGUAUUCUUUACUCAAAAAUACUCCUCUGAGGUAUCGGCAUCUGAACAAAUGAAUCUCAUAAAACAGCUGAGGGAAAGAACAAGUGCUCCAAUCAAGGAAGUGAAGUCUGCUCUUGUUGCUUGCAACUGGGAUAUUGAGGCUGCACAGAAGGAUUUGAGAAAAAGAGGAGUUGUUCUUGCAUCAAAGAAGUCUUCUCGAACGGCUGCUGAGGGUUUUCUUGCCUUGGCUCAGAAUCAAAAGAAGGCUGUUAUUUUUGAACUCAACUGCGAAACAGACUUUGUAGCCAGGAAUGAUAUUUUUCAGUAUUUGGCCCUAUCUUUGGCGAAGUCUGCUUUACUGCUUGAAGGUUCUAAACAGGCUUCUGUAGCUGUUCCUAUUGGUCCUGAAUGUCUGGAGGAUUUGAAAAUUAACUUUGACCAUCCUAAACUAACUGGAGAGAAAACUGUUCAAAAUGCAAUUACAGAAGUGGCUGCAAUGAUGGGGGAGAAUGUCAAACUUGGAGGGGGGUUUGCAAUAUCCGCCCCUUCAUAUGGUGUAUUGUCUACAUAUCUCCAUACGAGUCCCAAACCAGGUUUAGGGCGCAUUGCUGGACUUAUAUCACUUGAGGCAGAGGAUAAGGAUGUCUCACUGGACACUGUCCAGCGAGUUGGAUCAGAAUUAGCAAUGCAUGUGGUAGCUGCAAAGCCAUUAUUCCUGACGAAGGAAGAUGUUUCCUCUGAUGCAUUAGGCAACGAACGUGACAUUCUUAGGUCUCAGGCUGAAAGUACUGGGAAGUCUCAGAUGGCAAUUGAUAAAAUGGUUGAAGGUCGUCUAAGAAAGUAUUUCGAGGAAGUAGUUCUUAUGGAGCAAAAGUUUGUUGUGGAUGACACAGUAACCAUUAAGAAUCUGUUAAGCAAUCUGUCCAAGGAAGUGGGAUCCACUGUCAAAAUUGGAAACUUCCUAAGAGUGGAAGUUGGAGAAGGACUUAGACGGCUUGAAGCCGUCAGUGGAACUGAAUCUCUGUCCCAGGCUGCGUAAAUGCUUGGUAGUUCUCUCCCGCAUAGAUGAAAAUGUUACCGCAGAUUUUCAGGAAAAUAUUCGAGGGAGUGAGCUUUCUCUCUCGUCUGACAUGCAUUUACAAGUCACUGACAAUGAGAAUAUUAGAGCUGAGGGUCUUCAGAGAAAAAUUCGUUUUUUGUACUUCAUUAUAUUGAAUUGCACAUUGUCCCCAAAAUUAGAACUAGAAUAAUCCCCCUUUUUGCUCCGCAUGUUUCACUUGCAGCACUAAGCUUACAGUGACAGGAAACCUCGGUUAAGUUGUGAUAUUAUUUCAAGAUAGUUUAUGACCGACGUAAAAUUGUCUCAUGUGCAUCUGCAAGUUAUGGACAAUGAGAAUACGAGCCCGUGGGCAGAUGAGGGGCUCUGUAUUCAAAAUCUUGGUCGUGUAUUUUUACUACAUUGUUCAACUACGAGGGAUUUGAAUUUUGUCUAA